AAAGCCGCGAGGAGAGAGCUUAAUUCGGCAAAUAUUUCUCACACGUGAUCCCUCGCGUGGCCGCCGGUCGCCGCGCGCGCGGGCGCGAGGGCCGGGCGGGCGGCGGGGCGGUCUCAGCGCGCGCGCGAGCGAGGAAUUAUCGCCUCUGCUUUUAAAAGGAGUGUGCAGCAAACGUUAUUGUUGCACUCUGCCACAAGCGUGUUUUGACGAUGAACCAGCAAUGCCAGGCCGUGUUACGAAACAAACAGAAACUGGUGGAUACUCUUAGAUCAACUGCUGAUGCAGAAGAGAGUCUUCUGACGGCAUUUCAAAUCAAAAAUUGGCUUGGGGGAAUUGUUAAGGCUGAAGCUAUGCCUUUGAUCACACAAGCUAUUAACCAAAUUAAGUUGGAAGAAAAAAAUUACGAAGUUUUUAUUGGAAUGCUGCAGGACAUCCCAGGCAUGAACGUUGUAAUUAAAUUGAUUACAGAUAUGUGUCCUCUUUCAUCUACUGGAGGACCAAAAGACAACAUAACAUUACUGGAAGGUAAUUACUAUCAAUCUAUAGGGUUUUUAAAAUUACUUGACUUAAUUGACUUAAUUUACCUUGACAGACUUUGCUGGCCUUCCAAAGCCAAAGCUGGUUGAUCUGAUGAAUAUAGUUGGUGUUAGAGUAAAAGUUAAAUGGAGAGAAAUUGGACUUGGGCUUGGUUUUGAGGGUUGGGAGCUUGAUGGAAUUAAGGCUGCAAAGGCUGGGGAGAUAAACCAACCUCAAAGUUGUAUGACGGAAGUUUUUACAAAGUGGAAGGAUGCCAUGAAAUGUGAUUACUCUUGGAAAAAGCUAGCAGAAGUUCUUGAGUCCCCUGCAGUUGACGAGAAGGGACUUGUGCGAGAGAUGUAUAAAAAACUUUUGAAGUAGAACUGUUAGCGAAUGAGAGACUAUGCUAGCAUUAGCUUUCAUAAUUUUCACUUUAUGACUCAAUAUUGAACAAGCUACAACACGUGACACUGUCUGAGGUAGCUGUAUACAGUGACCCUCUAUAUUCAUGCACAUAAUGUCUUGUGUGUUUUUGCAUUGCUCAGAUGGUACUGCACGCUGUAGUUGCCUUGGCAAACCCACAGUGAGUAGAUAUCCAGUCUUGUUUAAUACAUUUCCAUGUGGCAUACGAUUCAAAUUGGCAAAACCCCAACUCUGGCACAACACUGCACAUGCGCCAUAGUGGGGUCUACUCAUGUUAGAUGAUUAGUCGGAUAUCCAGCCUGACAAUGUGCAUUCACUUUCCUACAUAUUCCAGUAUACCUGUGUGCAAUCCACGAAUUUUAAAAAUCAGCUAUGAAUGUGUAUAUUAUAUAUAAAAAUGUAAUUAUAAAGCAGGAUAGGGCCUAAUUGUUUUUUCCACUGCAGUUAACACAUGGUGUGUGUGUUUCAGUCUGUAUUUGUGUCCGUACAUUUUACCACAGGCAAUGCUGUAAUGAUUUUCUCUUACAUUAGUUUAUGUCGGGAGAACACAUUUACUUGAGGAAUGAAAUGCACUGAGGUGCAUGCUUAGCACUAUAAUGUGUGUUCCUUAAGGGUUUGUACGUUAGCACUUCUCAUUGUAAACUUUUGCUUAGAUGUGGAUGAAACACAGCCUACUACUGCUGCUGCCUCGGGUAAGUACAGAUGGCAGCCCUAAGCCUUAAACACAUGGUAUAUAGUGCAACUAUACUACCAUGGUUUUAUAAUUACAGCUGUUGUACUAAAAACCAAAGAAAAGCAAGGAAGGAGACAAGACCCCAUGAGUAGUACGUCAAAUUGGUUUGUGACUGCAUGGUCUUUGGCUUGACGAUUUAACAGUCAACUGAUGAAUCUUUGGGAAAUCAAGUACCCUGGGAGCUUACAGGAUGACAAACAGAAUCCUGCGCUGAAAAAAAACGAUUGGUUACCCUUAAACCAGUUACUAGAGGCAAAAAUAAAACCAAACUUGCCAUCUUAUGCGUCAAAUGUGUAGCACUUAGCUACUAGCCCUUCAGUAAGCGUAAUGUAAACUAUGACUUUAGGGCUCACAAAUGAGUGCUGUAGUGACGUACCAAGAGGGUAUUAACUGCUAGAGAUUCAUGUAAACUUGUGUGAUUUCUUUUACCAGGACCUCCAACCUUACAGGAACUAAAGAAAUUAGGCUUUUUCGAACGUGUUGGAGUGAAUUAUCAAAAUUUCGGAAUAUUUCUACUUGAUGAUAAAUUUGGUGCUAGAGUAAAGACUCUAGCUGCUCCCCAUCAACUUAAUUCUGAGCCCAUUCUUAAAGCCAUCCUAAAUGAGUGGUAUGAAGGGAAAGGGCAGCCUGUUACAUGGGGCGUCCUUAUAGCGUGUCUUAGGGACUGCACCCUUAAUGCUCUUGCUAGUGACAUUGAAAAAUACGUAGCAACACUUGAAUAACUUAUCCUUUUUGUACCAUUAUUUGUUGCAAUGUAAUUUGCACUGUUGCUGAUCA